AAAACCGGCUCUCUAUCGUCAGUCAAAGCAAAACAGGCCAAAGCCUCGAGCGAGUUAUUUUUUGUUUAUACUUGUUCGAUUAAACGUCUUACGCGCGUAUCAGUUUCGCAGGUUACAACAUUGUCAAAAAAAAGCAAAUUCAGCAAAAAUGUCGUGGAAUCAGUUUGACAACUCGACCAGGGGCGAGGGUGGCUUCAUGGACACGACCGUGAACGAGGGUGCGGGCGGCGACGGCGGUGACAAAAACGCCAAACGAGGUCAGAACUGCAUGCCCGUCAUGAUAUCGCACAUACAGAGCCGCGGUGAGAAGCUUGAGGUCUGGGGCACCCCGGCCAAAAUCAUCACCAUCGUCGCCGUCGUGACCAAAAUCGAGCCCGCCAGCACCAAGAUUGCCUACGAAUUUCAGGAUGAAACUGGUUCUAUCAGAGGGAUCAAAUGGUUGGAAAAUGAAAGUUCUGAAUUUAUCUCACCGGUUGAGAUCAACAACUAUGCAAGAGUAUAUGCCAUGAUCAGAGAUCAAGGCGAGGAGCACACUCUGCUUAUCUUAAGUAUUCAGCCUCUGGAACAUCUUAAUGAACUUGUAGCGCACUUAAUGGAGGUGACACUUAUGUGUCUCGAGGGUCAAAAGGGGAUCUCAAAUACCCAAAGUACCACAGCUGUGGGUAGUGGUGGUGAUACUCAAUCUGGAAGUAUGAACCCAUCCCAAAAAUUGGUACUGGAAAUCAUUAAGAAUGGUGAUCAAGAAUACGGAGCAGAGAGAGAUGAAAUCAAAGCCAAAGUGCCACAAAAUUUGAUUGCUAAAGUUGAUGAAAUAAUUGAAUUUUUAUCUGCAGAGGGUCACAUUUAUACCACUAAAACAGAUGAUUAUUUCAAAGCCAUUUAGUUCAAUUGUAGAGUUGGUUUUUAUCUAUUUGAAUCAAUUCUUUAAUGAUCAAAUAUUUUUUUACAAUCAAGAGAGUUGUAAAUAUAAUUUUAACUCUUUUAAUUAAUAUUCUAAUAUAUAUUAUAGUAAAAUACCCAUGUUGUACUGUUCAUUAGUAUUAUGUUUUUAAUAUUAAUAUUAAAUAAAGAAAAAGUGUAACAAA